AGCAACAAGAGAGAGGAAGGAAGCUCAAGACUAUCAAGAAACUGCUGAAGAGGAGAUUUUAAAAAGGACAUUUUCUUUUUAAAAAGGCAGAAGCCAGCAUGUCCCUUGAGGUGAAGGAGAAGACCCAGGUGCGUCUAGUGUUUCUGGGGGCAGCAGGAGUGGGCAAGACAGCUCUGAUCCGGCGCUUCCUCCAAGACACAUUUGAGCCCAAACACCGGCGCACAGUGGAGGAGCUGCACAGUAAGGAGUACGACAUCGGCGGGGUCAAGAUCACAGUGGAGAUCCUGGACACCAGUGGCAGCUACUCCUUCCCCGCCAUGCGCAAGCUGUCCAUCCAAAACAGCGACGCCUUUGCACUGGUGUACGCUGUGGAUGACCCAGAGUCACUGGAGGCAGUCAAGAGCCUCCGAGAUGAGAUCCUGGAGAUCAAGGAGGACAAGUACACGCCCAUUGUGGUGGUAGGGAACAAGGUGGACCGGGAGGAGGAGCGGCAGGUGUCCAAUGAGGACGUGCUGUCAACCGUAGAGAUGGACUGGAACAACAGUUACCUGGAAGCUUCGGCGAAGGAGAACGCCAACGUGGUGGAGGUGUUCAAGGAGCUCCUGCAGCAGGCGAACCUUCCCAGCCGCCUCAGCCCCGCACUACGCAGACGCAGGGAGACCUUUCCCAAAGACACCAACUUUCGGCCGCCCAUGAACAAGACCAACAGUUGUAUUCUGUCGUAAUGGGAGACAGGGGAGCAGAAAUGUUUUGUUUUAAAUGAAGGGACGAGAGUUGAGAAGACGGAGGGUAUGUUGUGAAACACAGUGCUGCUGGACAGAGGAAAGGAGAAAAGUCUGGGCUUCAGUCAGUGUUGGUGUAAAGUGAUUGUGAUAAGCGAUCUGGACCAACAAAGACACUUUGGGGUUCACAACUGAGAGGAAAAGAGACUGAAGAGCAGAAUGGUGUUAAGACUGAACUGAAACAGACUGCCACCUGAAUAAUUACGAACCUGAAGGAAGACACAUUUAAUACUCAGUUGUUUACUUGAUGUAAUCUUGUUGCUGCUUAUUUGGUGACAUGCUGCUGGUGUUUAGAUCAAUGUGUAGCUUUUGAAUUUCAAAUUAAAAUGUUCACUUACAUCAAGGUAUUUCGACUGUUGCUAACAGACUGUUUUCUGAGAGAAAGUGUGUAUAUAUGUUGUGGUUUGUGCAAAAUGUAUAUCUCUCAUGUAAAUUGUUUUAAUUUACUUAUUCACCUGUAGCACAUAAUGUUUACAAUUUGUCAUUAAGCAUGUUAUAACUGUUAUUUUGAAAAGAAAAAGUGGUGAAAUGCAAAUGUAAAACAGUAAAUGCACUUUUCAUUUUGAAA